CGCAAAAAUCAGCUCUGCAUCCGGAUACAACAGAUUUUCAGUAACAGAUAACCGACAAGCUCCAAACAAUUGAAAUUUUAGUUAUAACCUAUAAUUUCGUGCCGUCCGCUGUCAACACUCAGCUGUUUCAGAAAAAAUGACUUCGACUGGGGCGAUCCGGUGCGUCAGAAUGGAGCCCGUAAUUUUGGUACACGGCGGCGCAGGCGACAUACCGGAUUCGAGAGUUCGACCGAAAAUAGACGGCAACAGGAACGCCGUGCAAGCGGGAUACGCCGUUCUACAAAAUGGCGGCAGCGCACUGGACGCCGUCGAAGCAGCGGUGAAACGCAUGGAAGACGACGAGGCUUUUAACGCGGGAUUCGGAUCUGUGUUGAAUUUAGACGGGGAAGUCGAGAUGGACGCGAGCGUCAUGGUAGGAUCGGAUUUAUCAGCGGGUGCCGUGACCGUCGUGAAAGAUGUAUCGCAUCCUAUAAGUUUAGCACGCAUGGUUAUGGAACGGACGCCCCAUUUGUUACUAGCUGGAGCUGGCGCGAACAAGUUCGCCAGAGACCAAGGCGUUCCGGUCCUGCCCAAGGGAGCUUUGGUUUCAGAGUAUGCCAAAAAAGCCCUGGAAGAAUUUAAAGUUCGCGGGUGCGCGAGUACCGAAAUCGGAGAAAAAAACCCGGGGGACGUAGGCACCGUUGGCGCCGUCGCGAUCGACGCCCGCGGCAAUUUGGCCGCCGCGACGUCGACGGGAGGCAUCAACGGCAAAAUGGUGGGCCGGUGCAGCGAUACUUCCUUAAUCGGUAGCGGCACUUAUGCCGACAACGAUAUCGGGGCAGUUUCCACAACGGGCCAUGGAGAGUCGAUUGCCAAAUUUUGCCUCGCCCACGCCAUCAUAAAAGAAAUGGAACACGGCAAGUCCGCGGAUAAAGCGACCAACGAGGCGCUCGCCAAAAUGACUGAAAAACUCAAAAAUACCGCCGGUGCGAUAACGCUAUCGAGGAAUGGUGAGGUAGGGGUAGGAUUCACUAGUCAGAGGAUGUCUUGGGCCUACAGAAAGGGCGGGGAGUACCAUUACGGGAUCAACAAAGGGGACCACAACGUGGAAAAAAUUAACUGA